GCUACCACAUAAUAGAAGCGAAGACGAAAAGCUAUUUUGUUUUUCAGAAGAACCUCAGACCCAAUCUAGCCAUGGCAUUGAAUAAUUUGAGGCAGGUUUUGAAUGAUGAAGCUGCGCCGGUGGUGAUAGGUGGAAUGGUUCUUGAUAUAAAUGCUACCCCUUCUGCGGUUGCUAACCCCAGAACCACUACUCCGGGAAAGGUUGUGUAUGCGUUAGGUGGUGUUGCAAGAAAUGUCGCGGAAUGCAUGUCAAAGCUUGGAGCAAAGCCAUUCAUGAUAAGUGCUGUAGGUUUUGACUUGGCAGGAAGCCUGUUGUUGGAACACUGGGAAUCUGACGGAUUAUCAGUAGCAGGCAUUCAGAGAAAGCAAGAUAUUGAGACUGCUGUGAUCUGCCACAUCUUUGAUGGUAAAGGAGAAGUGGCUGCUGGUGUUGCUAGUGUGGAAGCAAUUGAAAAGUUCCUCACUCCAGAGUGGAUUCACAACUUCAAGUUCAACAUCUGUUCUGCUCCGAUAUUGAUGGUUGAUGCAAAUUUAAGUCCUGCUGCUCUUGUAGCAUGUUGUAAAAUGGCAGCCGAAUGUCAGACUUCCGUAUGGUUUGAGCCAGUGUCAGUUACAAAAUCCAAACGCGUUGCUUCCAUAUUGAAAUAUAUAACUUUCACCUCACCAAAUGAAGAUGAGCUUGUAGCUAUGGCAAAUGCACUGUCCUCAGGGGACAAAUUCUUGCCAAUUCAAAGAGAUUGUGGCAGUGUACAGCUUUCUGUGGACUCAUUAUUCCAAGCACUGAAGCCUGCAAUAUGGGUUUUGCUAGAGAAAGGUAUUCGAGUGGUAAUUGUCACCCUUGGAGCAGAUGGGUUGUUCUUAUGCUUCAAACACACACAUGGAGUUGACAAAUGUGACUUAAUUAAAAACAGACGUUCUUCUUUCAGCAGAAAACUGUAUGAGGCAAUAAACGUAAGUUGCCCCCCUGGGAGAAUCUUAGGAGCUCCUAAUCCCAAGGGGGGCUAUUAUGUUGCUAUACAUUUUCCCUCACUCUCUGCCUCAGUAGUAAGGCUUACGGGUGCUGGUGAUUGCUUAGUGGGUGGUGCAGUAGCUUCAAUUUGUGCUGGUUUAGAUAUAAUGCAGAGCCUGGCAGUUGGCAUAGCAUCAGCAAAAGGAGCAGUUGAAACAGAGACCAAUGUCCCUGCAGAAUAUGAAUUAACCAAAAUUUCAGAUGACGCGGGUUCGGUCUAUUCUGGUGCCAAAGUUAUCUUCUGUGGAUCAAAGUUAUAAAUGUGUGGCUACACAGGCUUGAUUUCUACCGUUCAUUGUUCAAUCACAUACACACAGAGAGUAUAGAAUUAAUGUCUGCAGACUGCAAUGCAUUCAUCAGCAGCCAUCAAUUUGUAUUUGGGAUUGUCUUGCUACCCUGAAUGCUUCCGAAGAACGGUUCACUGGCUUCGUAUUACGCCCUCCUAAAGUGAUGGAAGGAAAAAUUGCAUGUGUCAUCAAGAGUGAGGGCCUUCAGGUUAUCAAGGAAACCUACUCAUGCAUGCCAAGAGACAGACGAUGGUGUUCACAUCACACGAUUAUAUCGUGUUAGCCUCUUGUUUUCAGUCUCUGUAAUUUGCACUCUAAUUUCGAUCAACAAUGCUAAGCUUGUAUUUGAAUUC